AUGAUGAAAUCACGUGAGAAGCAGCAGCAACCUUCAUGCUCCGCCACCGUCGCCGCUUUAGAGGUUGUUCAAGAAGCUUCCUCUUCCUCCUCCUGCAAAUACAAGGGCGUGUGCAAGCGUAAGUGGGGGAAAUACGUCUUCGAGAUCAAGCUCCCUAACUGCAGGGAGAGGCUCUUGCUCGAAUCCUACGACACGACGGUGAAGGUAGCGCGUGCCUUCGAUGCCGCCCUCUACUGUCAAGAUCCUGGUCGUCACCGCCGAUUGACCUUGGUGGAGAAGGCGGCGCGUGCCUUCGGCGGAGAUCUGGGCAACGCCAAGUUCAAUUUCCCCGACAAUCCACCCGAGAUCCAGAUCCAGGUCGCCGCCGCUCGCUUUGCCCAUGCGUCCACCGACGCCGAGACCUCGAGUCGGGUGGUCGACGAUCUCGACUCCCAGUGGAACUCGCUCUCCUCGUCGGAGGUGCUGCAGCACGCAGAGGGAUUUCAAUAUUACUAA